AUGUCUGGAAAUUGCGCAUAUGGCGAGGAAAUCACUGAUUAUGGUUGCCAUAAAACUAAUCAAGACUGCGGCAUAAAUAUGAAAUUUCAAAAACUUUACAAAGUUCUUCUUCUUGAGUAUUCAUACCCAGUCUCGCGAUGUAUGCAACGAUGUGUAUGCGACAAAAAUGCCUAUAUUGGAAACGGCAGAAAAUGCAUCAAAAAGGAGUUUCUUGGGCAGCAAAAAGCAACUAUGGUAAAGUAA